AUGGAACCGUCACAUGAGUCAUGGAAGACUAUGCUGGAGCCCCAAAAUUACACCGUCAAGCUCUGGACUGACAACGACGUCCUCAAAUUCAUCAAGUCCAAAUAUGCCUGGCUACUGCCGACAUACAUGGGAUAUCCGCACAAUAUCCAACGUGCCGACAUUGCUAGACUGCUUGUUGUUCAAACUGAAGGCGGAAUUUACGCGGACCUCGACGUUUGGGCUUGA